AUGGUGAGGGGGCCGGGAGAGCGUGGCUCGGGGGUGGGAAGAGGAGAGCGCCGAGUAUGUACGGAGAGGGAGGAGGGGGUGGGAGAAGCAGCCGCUUGGAUUUCAGACCGAUGGAAAAAUCCGGAAUACUCUUCCCUCCCCCUACACCGGUAUACCUAUCUGAGCCGUCACAAAUGCGGAUCUUGCUUUGGCAAAGGCAAGAAUUGCUUACCCGUCAGCCUCCAUCUACCCAGACGGGGAGGGGGAUUUUUGCGCGCGUGGAAGCCUGCCCAGUUUGGUCAACCCCGAGGUGGUUAAUGGGUGUUAGCGGGGUGGUUCGUCUCUGCCAGCCCACCUGAAUAGGCAUAAGGAGAGCGUGGGGCGGAGGCGGGAUGCGAAUAAACCUGGUGGGAACUGGAGGGUAGCGCUAGGAUCAGGCGAUUGGAACAGGGGAGAAUUCCCCGAGGGAAGUGCUUGGGAAUAUGGCAUGCUCAAGAGAAGGCUCUGCAUCUCGACCAGCAGAUACCUGCCCCCCAUUCCUAUGCACCAUUUGCUGCUGCGAAUUAGAAACACUAUUCCUGCUGUAAACAUAACAUUGAAAGUUGAGGCUGGGAAGACCCGCUCUUAAGUCACCUUGAUGGAGAGUCUGACAGGCCACUGGAAGCAAAGGAACAGAUAACCAAGUGAUCUUGGCCUAGUAGAUCCUGGUUUUGGCCUGGUUUUUGUAGCUAUUGUAGUGCUGUUUUGUUGCCAGGCAUCCCCGUGUGGUGAGAAAAUAAUCGCCAGCCUUCCUGGAAACUGAGAGGGGGCGGGCAAAGACUGACUGGGCCGUUUCAUGGAGAAUCCUGUGGGACACUGCUGCAGAGUGACAGACUUGCUGCAAAGAAAAAUUCAGUUUGGAAAACUGCUCACCACACAGGAUAACCCUGUUGAACAGAGGAUGUAUUGGAGUACUAGGACUGGCUGAUUUAAUAAUCUCUUUUAUACAUUAUCGCUGCAGCUUCUAGUAAUGUCACGCCACUUUUCACCCAGCAGCCUCCAUGUGCUUACAGUAGCAUGUUGUAACUUCAUGCCACUGAAGGGGAGGAAUCCUGUGGACUCUGCUGUGUUAACUGGGUUGCUAGAUGCCUAGGAAGACGGUGCCCCUAUAUACUGAAUAGUUUUGCAGAAGAGGGAAUCUUUAAGACUGUAUGGGCAGCUUUGGCACUGUAUCUGAUGCUACUGCUUUGUGAGUGAAAACAAUUAACAAUAGUAGUUAAACCAUAAUUUUUAUAUUGGGAAACAAUGUGUAUGGGAAUGUUUAAGAUAUAUCAGUUUGUCACAUUUUCAUCACAAAGCUAUAUAAAAAUGGUCGUAAAAAUAGCAGAUUUUUUGAGUGCAUGUGAAGUGGACAUUGCAGUCCAUUGGAAUGUUUCAGACCACCCCGAUCUCUGCAGAGCAGUGUGAGAUUCCAGGAGUCUUGGCACACCAGAGACUGUAGUGUCUUUAUUAAAUAUGGUUUAUUUACACAAAUUUACACCUGAGUCCAUCUGGAAAGAGGGUUCCGGGCAUCACAUCUCAAGAGGGGCUUGCUCCCCACAGCAGCGUAGCAUUGGAUUCAAAGGUAGCCAAAACACCAUCUCUCUGUCUCCUCCACACAGCUGGUCUAACCAUCAGCCUGCAUGGCAUCUUGUUCCCUCCUCUUUCCCCAAAUCCUUGCUAAAAUGCAACCCCCCGCCCCAAUUUACAGUUUAAUAUUGUAGAACUCUGUCAUACAAUUUUGCUGAACAUGCUUAUUGCCCCUAGAGUUCAGCACUUUAGGAUGAACAAUAAUGGUCCUUAUCUGUGUGACAAUUAUGCUAGAAAAUAUAACCUACCAUUUUGUUGUUUUUAAACUGAAUGGUUACUCUUUUAAGAUACUUUUGAGUGUGAGACACAACACAGUGUUGGGAUGUGGAAAGUCAUGUGAAUCUGAAGCUUUCCAUUUGCUCACCAUAGAGAAAUCGCUACAUAAAGAAUGCAAUUCCAGUUAGACUAGCAGUGCAUUUCUUAAGACAAAGACACAGUAGUUUGCCUUAUUUUCUUUUAAAUAAUAAGAUUCUGAAGCAAAUCUGAUUUUAAAUGAAUAUAUAUUAAGUGGCAGAAUGGAGCUGUAUUUUAAGUUCUCUUGUCUGCCCCCUCUCCACUCACUCCCUGGUUCAGAAUGAAGGAGAAACAUUAAAAUUGUAGUUUCACAGCUUUAUCACAGCUAGGAUUAUUGCUUUUCAAGAAGGCUUUAAAUAAUUCUAAUGAAUUUGGGAAUGCUGUGGUGGCGGCCAUAGAUCAAAUUAUAGUUCAGCUACUAAAAAUAGUGACUGGCUGCUGAGGUCCACCCCCCUUAUUGUGUAAUUAAUCAGAGAGUUGUGGUCCUUGGCAUAACAUAAGCAAGUAAUGAUCUAUAUUUAAUAAAUAAUCUAGAAAUCAUUUUGUCAAAACACAUACAUUUACUUGGUAUAUAUUAUUUAAAUAGAACACUUUCUUAAGAUGAGUGCCUGGAACUGUUCUGAGAAAGUGAAGUUGAAUAAUAUCCUCAAUUCUUAGAACAGCCUGAUCCAAGAGGGCAAGUUCAAUGGGUUGUGCUUCAGGGAAUUAACACCUGAUCCAUGUAUUCUAUUAACCCAGUCCCCAUGAACCAGAUUGUUAUCAAGGGCUGCUGAUCCUGCAGCAGUGCAAUCUUAAUGGAUGCCUGUCUUCUUUUAAACCCUUUAAACUUUUAUACCAUCAUCAUUGCCAUCAAUAUGUUUGUUACGACGACGACAGUUAUAAACUUCUUUCAUAGUUGACAGGUGCACCAGUCUCCCUUGCUCAAUGUUUUGCUUAACGUGUAGACCAAAUACAGGGCCUGUGCUGAGAAUAUCCUAAUGCUAAUAGACUCUUGACUUUUGUUAUUCCAUGUAAGAAAACACAUUCCAUAGGGGUCAUUAAUUCUACUUCCUCUGCCAAACAUUAUUUCUUCUUCUUCUUCUCCUUCUUCUUCUUUUGUUGUCCUACCACAGCUGCUGGCAGAGAAUGCCAAAUCUAAAAAUCAAAGUGAAAAUAAAUUUGCAUUAAAAUUUCACAUUCCUUCACAAGCCAAAAUAUGUCUGUGCUGCUGGUAUGUUUCUUUGUGCUGGAAGGUUUUGUAGAAUGAAAUUGUGAUUUAUAUACAAAAAUAGCUUGUGGGUAGCUGCUGCUGCUAUUAAGAACUCUGGUCUAAUUAUUUUUAGUAGCUGCAUAUUCCCACAAGAAUAAUAAAUUGACUGCUAUAAGUUUGAAGCUUCUGAGACUAUUACUUUAUAAUUAUUUAAAGUUUUGAAAACAUUAAUGUUCAUCAGAAUCACAAAACACAUGCAUUUUUCACCAAAUGGAUAUUCUCUGCCUACUUUCAAGUUAUCACUGAGAAUAUCCUUUUAGCCAGACAAUCAUUACUGAUCUCAUUAGAUUUUUCAAGCAGCAAUGUGUGAUUUGUUGUUGUUUAGUCAUUUAGUUGUGUCUGAUUCUUCGUGGCCCCAUGGACCAGAGCACUGAUUAGUGCUGGUUAUUUUCAUGAGCAAAGCACACUUGCUAUCAGUAGGUGGAACUUUUUCUCUUGAUCCAUUCAGCUUCUAAUCUUUGACCCACCUUGCUGACUCACUGUAGCUUAUUUAAUCAGUGGGGGAGAAAUUCCUAGUAGUGGUAGCCUACCCCCCGAAAUGUUAUUGCUCUGUGACCUAUGGGUGCAAUCUUCAGACCACAAUCUGUUUUUGUGCAGUUCGUUGUUUGCUCAGUUAUCACAGCCACAAUGCUGAUAACUCAAAGUACUUAUUGCUUUUUCUUCUUCUAGCAAUAAGAUACUUUUUUAUGUUGCACAAUUGUAAUACAUGUUCAAAAACCAAGAUUCAGCAGUGUUAUUGUUUUCUGGAGGAACGGUAAAGCUCUGCAGGAGAUGUGUGUGGUUGAAAUUUAAAUUCCCUUGCGCAUGUAGCUAAGAUUUCAUUUUCAAAUUAAAGGGAACUGCAUAUGCUGUGCCUUUAUAAGGACUGAAUGUGUUUUGUUUAACUGCUGGUUUGAGUUUAUCAAGACACUUAUGUGAGGCAGAUGAAACAAAAUAACAGAAGAUAUUAAGCUGAAAUAAAAGGGAAGUGCUGUUAAGCCAAGUUGGUGCAUUGGGAAGAAAUUAGCACUACUAUUUUUAAAAUUGGCUGGGGGAGUAUGUGCUAGCCCACUGAGCCUGCUUUUUGUCUGUGGUGAAGGUGAUUCACAGUGUUUGUAUUAUUCCCUUAAAGCUUUAGUGAAAGCUAAAGUACUGAACAUUGCAGGCUUACAUAUAGGAUAUGUAAGUAAAAUAGUAAAUAACCUGGGCAAUUCUUUGUAUUAAGAAGGCGGCCUGAUGUUAUAGUCCUUGACUAUCUUGGCUUUAUUUAAAAUGAUACAUGCAUCAUUAGACCAUGGAAAUGGGGAAAGAAACAAAGCCAAGGAAUCAUUGUAGCUAUAUUUCAAAAGGGAAGUUGAAUAACUUUCCUGUGUUCUGUGGUGGAAUCUACACACAUUUAAAAACCAUUCUGAAAAUGCUUGCUUUAAAGCAUUUUUAAAAAUACAUUGAAUUUUCCUUAAGGCUCACCAUCACCAUCUAGUGUCAUGUUGUAUAUUUCACUUAAAACACACUUAAAACAUUUUAUUUGCAGCUGUAUAGCUGAGUCCUGUGUCUUCCAUGUGUUUUCUGACAUCUUACUUCAGCAACUUUGUUAAAAGAUUUAAAAAUCUGGUUUAAACACUAACAGUUGAUGGUUUGAUAUGAAAAACUUAUUAGGGCAUAGUUUGUUUAUGAUUUUCAGUUUUAUACAUUUCAAUAAUUUUACAAUCAUUUUAACAUUUUUAAACUCUAUUUCCUUUCCCCUCUUUCUGAGGUUCCUUAACUUUAUUUUUAAUAUUUUCUGCAUAUCCAAAUUAACUUAAUUUACUCAUUUAUUCAUCUACUUUAAAUAUAUACUCUUAUAAAACUGCAGGCUAUUAGAGUAAUCCUGCCAAUAUUCUUAUCUGUUUACAACUUGCUGUAAUUCCAUGAUUGUCACCAGUGCAUUCAAAAUUGUCAUUUUAUCAAUUGGUAUUUUAGGUAUUCCACUGUCCUCUAGAUAUUUUUUGUAUUUCAUCUAAAUUGCCCUGUUCCACUUGUUAUAAUUAUGUAUAAAAUCUCACGAAUUGAUCUCUUAUGUCUUUAGGAUUUUCCACAACUCUACCUCCUAUAUUAAUUUUAUAUAGGAUUUCUCUUGCCUUUUUUAUUUGCUAUACUGAUAAUUUCAUGGCCUUAGGGUAUAGGAAGAGAAAGGUGAGCUUGAGCAACUGAAUCCUAUCUUAAAAACCAUAAUCCAUGGAAUAAAAAAAGAGUUGUAAAGCUCUAAGUUGCUUGAGCCAGUUUAGUUGAACAUAUUACUGUACUCCUAGUCAUCAAAUCAGGAUUGUACUUCCAGCAGAAAAUUGUAGCGUUUACAUAUUGACUGAGAGUCCUGGAAGACCUGCUCCCUGCCUUUUCCCACCUGGCCUGGAAGGAGGGCAGGACCUUGACUGACUCCAGCUACAAAAGCUGAAGCUGCUGAAGAGGCCAGACACCAUCUUGACAGGCUCAUAGUUAAAUGUGCAUUCUGUAGUUCACCUCCUUUGUGAUGUUUUAUUUUGAAACCUUUAAGAUAACGUUUUAGUUUCCUGUUAAUUAUGUUGCUUUGAAUGUAUACUUUAUAUUCAACUUUCUUGUGUAAUAUUUUAUUAUAGAUUGUUUUAUGUGAAGUUUUAGUGUAGGUUGUAAACCGCUUUGAGAUGUUUUCUUAAAAAUAUAGUCGUAUAGCAAUGAGACAUGGAUAAUAAUACUGAUAAUAUACUACUACUACUACUAAUUUUGCACUUAAAUACAAUUCUAUGCAUUAUUCUUCAGAAUUUCCUGGCUCUUAUGGUGCCAGGGAAUAUCCUUGCCACUUGCAUGAGAGCAUUAUGCAUGCAUAAUUCUUGGUCCCUGCCACUUCUGACCCCUCCAUAUUUUUCUGCAAUAAUUGGGGAAGGACAGGGUAAAGAUACCUUGUCUUCUCAUCCCUCCUAGCCCCAGUGCUACAGAAGAGCCCUAUUGGAUCUGAACCAAAGGCCCAUCUAGUUCAGCAUCCUGUCCUGUUCUCAUAGUGGCCAGCCAGAUUUCUCUCUCUCUCUUUGCUAUUACUGCAACUAAUAAUUAUGAUAAGUGCUUAUCAUUACUUAUCUCAUUUAUAAAUUGCUUCCUAUGAAGCACCUCAAAGUUAUUUCAAAUUACAAUAAAAAUAUGCAAAACAACUACGUAAAAUCCAAUACAGAUGCUGACAAGGAUAAAAAUUCCACUUAGAAGUCUUGUUCAAAGAGGAAAGUCUUUAACAUGUAGCCUGAGGACAAGAGAUGGUGUCUGUCUAAUAUGUAGGGGAAGUACCAAAUGGCAGGUGUUGCCACGCUAAAGACUCAAUUUUGACAUCAUGCGCAAUGAACCUCUUCAUAGAAUGGCCUCCUCAAGGUGCCCCCUUCUGCAGAAUGCAGUCAUUAGUCAGGUAUAUAAGGGAUGAGACAACUACCUCUGUGAAACCCGCAGGCAGGAAGUGAGUGCAACAUCAUCCUCUCCACUUGUGAUUCCCAGCAACUGGUAUUCAGAGGCAGAGUACUAGAGGUAGGGCAUAGCCAUUGUGCCUGGUAGCCUUUGCUACCUUUAUGUCCUCCAUGGCUUUGUCUUAAUUUAUUUCCACUCUGACAAUAAAUGAUUCUUAGGGCCGUAACUUGCAAUUACUUCAUUUCAGCCAAUUUGUAUUGUCUCAACUUUUUACAUGCAUGUGUAAAAGACUAUUCCUAUCAUUGUCACAUAAAACACCCUUCGAGUCCAAUUUCUGCCUCCCAAAGGAUCCUUUUAGCGGUGGUUGGAAUUGUUCGCCCCUCACCCAGACCCUUCUGACAGUGAUGGGAGCUUGCACCCCACUGCAAAUGAUUUGUGGGGAGUUACUUGUUUUGUGAUGGACUGUUGCUUUUCCUAAAAAACAAUAAAAUAUCUGGCAUUUUCUUUCUUUGUAACAGGAAGAGGCUUCACCAUAUUCUCUGCUUGACAUCUGCUUAAAUUACCUAACUUCCGACCUAGAGAAGUUUUGUACAGAAAGGCAUGAUGGUUCACUAUGUUUGCAAGAGCCUGGAAUAUUUCCACAAGAAGUGGCUGACCGAUUGCUGCGAACGAUGGCAUUUCACGGUAAACGAAUUCACCUGGCGGUUCUGAUUAAAUGGAAUGUUUGGAAAUAGUGAUUUGAUUUACCUGCAUGUUUGGACACAUGACAUCGUUCUUUGGCGCUGCUUCAGCAGCUGUGGCACAAGUCAGAUUUGUGCCAUUAGAUCUAAUUGAGCCCUCUGGGUUAGGCAAGUAAGGCAGAGUCACAAGACUCUGCUACACUUAACUACUGAAAAUUCAUUUGUGCUGUUGAAAAUCCUGGAUGCAGAGUUGUCAUUUCACAAUAUUUAGGGCUCAGUUAACUUCAGUAUCUCUCCCUAUCAUGUCCCCUCUUUGCUUACAUCUUUCUCUGCUGGAAAAAAAGCCCUUGCAUUGUACAGUUGAGACUGCACAUUGAUUCUAUGGGAGUCGUAUGGGCACUGCGAGCUGGAUCCUGUAUGGCAAUCUUAUCUUUUCUAUGCUGAAACCUGGCAUACAUUGUGGGUACCAAGCUUCAGCAUGGCAAAUGGUAGGAUUAUGUUGAUGAUGUUUCUCCAGUACCACAUGCCUGUUGAAACCACUCUUGAGGGGGAAAAGGGAGGUUAUCAGAAUCAGGAGUGCAUAAAACUCUCUCCUCUUCUCUGGCAAGCCUGUCCUUCUGUUCUAGGCCCAGUCUCUUUUUUCCAGUUUAAAAACAAAAUCUCUGAUAAGUUUGUUUGUUUACUGUUCUUCCCUCCCACCCCAGGACUGCUGAAUGAAGCAACAGUGGGCAUUUUUCGAGGGAAUCAGAUGCGCUUGAAACGAGCUUGUAUCCGGAAAGCAAAAAUCUCUGCAGUGGCUUUUCGGAAAGCGUUUUGCCACCAUAAGCUGGUGGAGCUUGAUGCCACUAAAGUGAAUGCAGACAUUACGAUCACAGACAUCAUCAGUGGACUUGGCAGCAAUAAAUGGAUCCAGCAAAACCUUCAAUGCCUUGUGCUGAACUCAUUAACUCUUUCCUUGGAAGACCCCUACGAAAGGUGCUUCAGUCAGCUGAUGGGUCUCCGUGCUUUGAGCAUUACCAAUGUUCUCUUUUACAAUGAAGACCUAGCGGACGUGGCUUCGCUUCCCAGAUUAGAAAGCUUGGAUAUAUCCAACACCUCAGUCACCGACAUAACUGCACUGCUCGCCUGCAAGGAUCGCCUCAAGUCUCUCACCAUGCACCACCUGAAAUGCUUGAAAAUGACAACCACUCAGAUUCUGGAUGUCAUCAGAGAGUUAAAAUUCCUGAAUCACCUUGACAUUUCGGACGAUAAACAGUUCACAUCUGAUAUUGCGCUUCGUUUGUUAGAACAGAAAGACAUAUUGCCCAACCUUACAUCUUUGGACAUUUCAGGAAGGAAGCAUGUUACUGAUGAAGCUGUAGAAGCAUUUGUUAAACAGCGACCCUCAAUGCAGUUUGUGGGCCUGCUGGCUACGGAUGCUGGCUACUCAUUAUUUCUCUCUGGCGAAGGAAACUUAAAGGUUGGUAUUUGUUUGUUACACAAUUCUAAAUAGUUGUCAACUAAGUUUGACUUGCCGGGGGGCGGGGCUCAGAGCUUCAAAUCCUGGUGAUUAAUGGGUCAGUUCUAAUGGCAGUGUGUGUGUGUGUGUGUGUGUGAGAGAGAGAGAGAGAGAGAGAGAGAGAGAGAGAUCAUUGGCUUCAGAGUGCUGCUAAACCACCGAGCCCAUAGAUCAGCAAAAGGUCUACCACUCUGACAGUGUCAUCGUUCACAUUUUGCAGCAUGAAAAGAACUAAAUCUGCCCCCUCCACCAAAUCUUGCAGCUGGGACUGAGGUGGAGCCCUGCAGGCUUUCCUCAUUUCCAAAAUGUAUUGUUGGGAAAUCAAGCCACUGCCAUCCCUGUCUCUCUGUCUCUCAGCAGCAAUUUACUGUAUUCUGCUUGUUCUACUGCCCUCUUUACUCUGGGAUUCAGUUGGUUGGUUCACUAAGGCUCAUAGCUGUCAAAGUUUCCCUUUUUUAAAGGGAAAUUCCCUUAUUCCGAAUAGGAUUCCUCGCAAGAAAAGGGAAAAGUGGACAGCUAUGCUAAGGCUCUGGGCACUGCUUCUUCCUCGUAUAAACAUCACUCAUUGCCUGUUAGAUUGGGUUACUGUUGUUGUUUUUUCAUUGUAAGUUCCUCAGAGGUCUCAGUGGGAACAUAUGACAGGGUAGAAAUUUCAUAAAUGCAUAGUAAAAUUAUGCGCAUGUAGAACAUGAAUCAAAGCAGCAGGCAUGCCACCCCAUUUUCCUGAGAAUCUUCCACUCAAAGGUAUUGCUACAAAAAACCUCUCAAACGGCCCUUUCUGCGUAGGAAAUAGAGGCUUGUUUAGAGGGGAAAUGGCACGUGUGCAUGUAUAUUAUUAUUUUCUUUUUCUUUUUCUGCUCCUUAACAGUUCUUGAGGAAAAACUGUGGUGUAUAGGUUUUGAGGCGCAUUAUCUGAUUGUUUUGCAGUUUCUCUGAGAUGCCGCUUUUAAGGGUAAAAGUUUAAGAGAAAUGGAAGUGCUCAUAGAUGGUGUGCUGUCUUUGCCCCGUAGAACACAGCAUGAGAGAGGCUAGUCCCCCAAGAGUGCUUACCUCUUCUUCUGCAGCCUCAUUUGUCAAUUUCCUUUCCUUAUGGUGUAUAAAAUUAGUUAACCUGUUCUUAAAAGCCCCAGCACCAUAGCAAUGACCAUAACUUCAGCUGCUUUUAUUGGCUGGGAGAGGACUAUUGCUCAGCUGUUCCCACCACCCACCACCUCCUGCCAAGGCGCACAGCAGGGAGAAGUGCCUGGUGCUGUGCUACUCUCCUUGAAGAAAUGGAGAAUAAUUCCUUGCCCAGCAGCAAAGGAAAUAGUGAAAUGGUCAUUCUGUACCUGUUAGUAUGUUGUCUUUUGCAGCCCAUGAUCAACGUUACCUCUCUGCCUAGUUGAUAAUUCUUGAAAUACUGCAUCUACAUUUAUAGAACUGUACUGCUCAGUUAGUUCUGUAAAGACAUGAUUGGUAGCAAUUUGUUAGCCGUGCAUACAAUAUAUAAAUGGCACUGUAGAUUGCAUGAAGAGCAAAGACUGUUUUACUUAUGCUUGAUUGUCAUAUAAAACUGAGUGGAAACCUCAGUUCAGCAGAAAUUGUCAUACAACAAGAAGAACAAGUCAACCUUGAAACAUUUAUAUUAUUUAAUUACUUCAGCUUUCUUUUGCCACUACUGCAAACUCAGCGAUGGAAAGAGGAGAAAAUGCUGACAAAAGUGGACUGGCAGAUGAAAUUAUUAGAGUAUGCAGAGAUGGCAAGAUUGACAGGGAAAAUCAGAACUCAGGAGGUUCAAAACUUCAAUAGGGAAUGGGACAAAUAUAGACUGUACUUAAAAGAACACUGUAAUCACUUGAGUUCUAUGACAGGCUUUUAGUAACUCUUGCAAUGUUACAAAGACUUGGGAUAUUUUGGAGGACCAUAAUGUGGAAGAACUAUAAUAUGCAGUUGAUUUAGAUAUGUAAAGCACCCAUGGAGGGGAGGAGGGAGGUCCUAAGAUUCAGAAGAAUCUUGUUUGAUUUUAAAAUUUAAUGUGGUAAAUGUGAAAUUUAUUUUGUAAAAUCAAUAAAAAAGUAUAUAUUUAAAAAAACUACUGCAAACUCCAGUAUGUUCUCUAGUAUUUGUUCUUCUGUUCAAGGUGUCUGGAGAAGCCAAUGAAACUCAGAUUUCCGAAGCUCUGAAGCGUUACAGUGAGCGAGCGUUCUUUGUGAGGGAGGCACUCUUUCAUCUCUUCAACCUUACGCAUAUUAUGGAAAAAACCAAACCAGAAAUUCUAAAGGUAAAGCUAUUUGAGACUGAUAAGAAAUCACCCUUUGCAGGCAUCACUUUGUAAAGGUAACCUUGGGCUGUCUUCACUAAACUGCAGAUAAAAUCCAACAAAAUGUGUGCGCACGCUGGUAAAUUUGCAGGGGGUGGGAAGAGAAAAGAGGAUACAUUAAAGGUAAAUAGUCAGAAGUUCAGAUAAAAAUGGAUAUACUAUUUACAUGGGUUAUACUUACUUGAGGGGCAUGAGGGAUAUGUUGUGGAGAGAGAGAGAGAGAGAGAAGAGAAUUAAUAAGAUUGCCACUGGCAUCGGGUUGGCCACUGUGAGAACAGGAAGUGGCGCUAGAUGGGCCUUGGGUCUCAUCUGGCAGGGCUGCUGUUACAUUUUUGUGAUGAAAUGGUAGCCAACUCCAUUUAGUUCUGUCUUUGAAUGUGGGUCACUGCCAAACAGCUGUGACCAAAAGUAGAGAUUGCUGAAUCCUCCCCUCCCCUCUGUCUUAGUGGUUCAGCAUGGCUGGGAGGUGGGGAAGAAUGCCUGGAUGUAAUCUAAUGUAUAUGAUCAGAAAAUAUAUGCAAGGAGCACAAUAUACCUGCAGGUGAGUACUCUGGGUUUUCCUUCUCAAACGUUCCUCAGACAGAAUUUCUCUCCCACUGCCAUAACGGUUUCCUCAUAAUUGCCACUCCUGGCAAAUAAGAAGGAGAAAGGAGAGGGCAGGCCAUCUGACUGAUGUAGUCUCCAUUCAGGGAAUGAAAUGGUUGCUCUGUUCCUCUUUGCUUUGAAAAUUUUAAUGGUACUGCAACAGGUUUUGGGUGGCAAUGUGUAGAUCUGUAGCAAUGGCUUGUUUAAAAGGCCUCAGGACGAGUUAAGCUUACUUUGCUUAGGAUAUUGGUGGCUGAUUCUGUGCAUGUGACUAUGUGUAUUAGGAAAUUCUAAUUUGACCUGUUUUGACUGAUUCUUCCAGCUUGUAGUUAUUGGGAUGAGGAAUCACCCUCUGAACUUGCCAGUGCAAUUAGCAGCGAGUGCCUGUGUGUUUAACUUGACAAAACAAGAUUUAGCUGCAGGCAUGCCAGUUAGGGUCCUGGCAGAUGUCACUCACUUGCUCCUUAAGGCCAUGGAACACUUUCCCAAUCACCAACAGGUAAGCCUCCUUUUCUCUUUCAAGAUAAGGUGCUUGAAUAUUUCUGAACACUGAACUUUUUUUUUUUUAAGUAUUUUAGUUCAAACUUCUUAUACAAGAUGAAAUUAAUGAGAUGAAGAAACUAAUGUUAAAACUGACUGCAAAGAACAGAAGUGAAUGAUGUCUAGUUGGAAAUGUCUUCAGGCCAAAUGGUUUCUGCUUUUCGAAACCAUAAGUUAUCCAAUGUUAAUCAAUCUCAGGGUAGACCCAUAAAAAUUGAUGGACCUAAUUGGUCAUAUGCAUUAAUUUCAAUGGGCUUACUCCGAGUAUGAUAAAUAUUGAAAUCAACCCUGUGGAUAGAAUUCAGUGUCACACUGUGAUGAAUGUUCUGCCUAUGCAAGUACAGUAAUCCUGCAACUUGCUAACAUUUAACUUGUACGCAUUGAGCUCUGGUAUACCUAUGAGGAGGAGGAGACUGCAAGCUUUUGUUUCUAAUUUAAAUUAGUUGCAUUUCUUAGCGCACUUGAAAUCAUUUUUAUUCAAGAACAUCUUUUGUUACUGGUUUUUAAAUCUGUGUAUAUAACUAACUUUUAUAAAUCCUUUUAGGCAUGCUCCUUUUUAUAUAUAGACUACAUUGCUGGUAUCUUAGUAUUUUUAUAUAUACUUCUGUAAGUCACUUUGUGAGAAGAUUUUAUAAAUGAUAGAGUAUAAUUCAAAAAAGUAAAUUAAAAAACUUAAGUGCCUGGUAGACUCUGAUAAAUUAUAAAGGUCUAUGCACCUGUUCACACCAUCCUGUUUCACUGUAUUUCACUUCUAAGCAAAUACAUUUGCAAAUGACAUUAUCAAAUCAUAAAAGGAAUAUUUGUGAUUACUUAGAUUCAUCUUGAAAGAAGGAAAUGCUCAAAAUUCCUGCAUGAGAAAUAUUCUGUUCUGAACCUUGCUUUGCUUUUCUGCAGCUGCAAAAGAACUGCCUUCUGUCACUGUGCAGUGACAGGAUACUUCAGGAUGUUCCAUUUAACAGGUUAGUUUUACCUCCCAAGUUACAGAGAAGUAGGGAAAGUAUUUCAGGUUGUUGAAUGUCUUAUGUCUCAUUGCUUAGCAGUUUGUAAACUGAUUAUUCCUCCUUGGAAUAUAACAAGUUCUUAUCAGAACUUGGGAACCAAUUAUUAAAUAACUGUAACAGUUUAAUUUUGACUGCAUGUAUACACUGUUAUGAAAUACAUGUGUCCGUUUGCUAGAUCCAGGUGGAUUGCCAUUUUCUUUUUGGAUGCUGGUUUUAAAAACUUGGUUCUAAGCAAGGGUGUACAGUUUGACUGCACUGUACAUCAAGAGACUGUGGAUUUUGUGGAUUAAUGAAAGUGGCUUGUAUCAUAUGCAGAAGUCUGCCUAGUAGGGAUGGCAAUACUUAAAGCAUAAAUGCCAAUGAAGAUUGUUACCUGCCAACUUCUGACUACGUUUGAGCCAUUGUCCCUAUUUAUAGAUAUUAGAAAAUCCACCUACUACCUUAUGCUAUAGUAGCAUGUAAUUACAUGCUACCUAAAGACGUGUGCAUCAUAGCUCUUGUAAUCUCACUUUUAAUGCAAACGUUUCUAGCCUUUUUUGUUUUGAGCACUUACUGGAAAAGGUUUGGAAAGGGGGAUGGAUAUGGUUUCCAGAAGUUGCUUUCUCAUGAUUCAUGUAUCCAUUCCCUCUUACUCUAGUCUCUGCACUCUUCCCUCUUUUUGACAGAGAUCUGAAUUUCUAACCCUCAGUAAUACAAGAAAAGUUGUUUAAUUCUCUCCUUGGUUUUUUGAGCGUAUGUAGAUGUGCAAAGCACAUGUUUGUCCCAAUAAUAGUAUUUUGUUGUUGUUGUUAGUCUGAGGCUAGUAGGAGUGAAAGUGUUGUUGGUUGUGCUUCAAGUCAGACAGCACAAUGGGGGAGCAAGGAGCAAGCACACAUUCUUGGUGUGUUGAAAACUGCCCCCCCAACUUUGUGGGUAGCCUGAAGCAUAGCAGUGGGUUUGGCAAGCCAGCAGGAUGAGAGUAUAACCCUUGGGAAAUAUGCUACUGAUUCUGACCACAAGCAGAUUUGUGUGACCUGGGAGGAAGAUGAUGUUGGCACGGAGCCAAUGCAGGUUGGUUUGCUGACUUUGUCACACCACUGAGGCUUUCUUUUAAUCCCUCCCCAGCUGAAGUUCAGGGAGUUUGUGUCCCCAGUGUGUGUGUUUUAAGGAGACUGGGUGCCCAUUCCUCCUUGCUUCUCGAAACAUCAAGUCUUUAGCCUUGUGGCUAAAUUCUAUAUAGGUACAUUAUGACAAAUCAUAAAGCACAACACAGAACCCAGCUCCGUAUCUUUCAGUCAUGAGGAGUUGCUAAAAAAGUCCAUAACUACCCAUGCCAAAUGUGUCGGCUUAGUAAAAACUCCUUUCAUCAAUCACUGACAAAUUGGGAUUUUUAGCACUUGUUGCUUAUCAGCUCAAUCCAAGGCCAUCCCCUGAAGAUGGAGACAGUGGGUGGUGCGAAGACCAGCUCUAUCACGUUGCUGCACUGAAAUGGCGUGCUCCUUUUACAGUCUGAUAAAGAAAACCAAACGGAAGCCAUUUUGCUUAUUAUAAGCAUCUAAGGCUGGCGUUUUAAAGUUUUUCUGUAUACUUUUGUCCAGUGCUUUUUUUCUGGGGGGAUGCAUACCGCUAAACAUUUUGUGAAUCUUUGUACUUUUGUCUAUUUACUGUAUUUAUUUUUCCUGAUUUGAAGUAUUAAAUGGCGAUUUUCUUGAGUCAAAAUGAGAGUAUCCCUAAACAUUUCUUUUGUAGGAAAAAAGCACUGCUUUUGUCUUUGUAGCAGUAACCUAGUCACUUCUGUUUCACUGCCAAUAACAGAUGGUAUGGUUUUAUUCCCCCCACCCCCAGAUUUGUGAACUUUCUGUUGCCUUUCAGGUUUGAAGCAGCCAAGCUUGUCAUGCAGUGGCUUUGUAACCAUGAAGAUCAGAAUAUGCAGAGAAUGGCAGUGGCUAUCAUCUCCAUUCUGGCUGCAAAGGUGGGAUAUUUUAUUUUAUUUGUUUUAAAAACUUGUUUCCUGUCCUUCAUUGUAAGACCCCAGGGUGGGUUACAGCUGUAAACACCUAAAAUGAGAAGCAUAAAACACAGUUAAAGAUCAAUUAUCUGCUAAACAGUUUCCCAGAGUGAAAAAGGGCCUGGAGAAAAAAAACAAGCCUUCAAUUGGUGUUUAAAACGAGACAAUAAUGGCACCAGCCAAGCCUCUAGGGCCAAGGUAGCUCUCUGAUAGUGUCAGUGACCCUCUGACUUCCCUCCCCACUGGCACUAUCAGCAAGGCCUUCCCAAUCAAUCUCAACUCAUGGGCAGGGACAGUAUGGCGGGAAGCACUCCCAUCAGGUGCCUGGAUUCCAAGCCAUGGAGGGCUCUAUAUGCCAAAAGCAUGUAGCAAAUAGGAGCACACAUCUUUUAGGACUUGAUGCUAUAUGGUCUCCAAAUGCUGAACCUAACAAAACUCUGGCAUCUGCAUUUGCAUGCUGCCACAUACAAACAGUAUUCAAGGGCAACUCCAAGUAGAGUGUCCAUUGCAGUCAUUUAGAGAGAGGGUUAUUAGGGCACGGUUCACUGUGGCUAGGCUACCCUGUCCUGGAACGGCUGUAGCUGGCAAGCUAGCUGUAGCUGGAAACAGGCCCUCUGUGCCACUGAAGCCACCCUGAUUUCCAGAGACAAGGUGAAUCUAGGAGUACCCUUGGACUAUGAAUCUGGAUUGGGAGUGCACCCCAAUCCAGAAUAAGCCACCUACUUAAUUCCUGGACUUGGGAACCACUAGUCCAGAGUAUCUCCUUCUUGUUUGGAUUCAGUUUGUUCAUUGGCCUUCAUCUAGCCUGUUACUGCCUCUAGGACAGUGAUCAAGCAUCUACAUAGCUUCACCUCAUUCAGGUGGCAAAGAGAAGCAGAGCUGGGUGUCAUCUGUGUACUAGUGGCACCUUGUCCUCAAUCUUCUGAUGACAACUCUACUAGCUUCAUAAAGAUGAAGACAUAGGCGUCCCCAAUGCAAUGUUUGCACUUAAGUCCCAAGGCCCUUCUAGCAGUAAUCUGAUAUUUCUGCUUGUUUGCUUUUUUUGCUUGUAGCUCUCAACAGAACAAACAGCUCAACUUGGUGCAGAGCUCUUCAUUGUUAAGGUAAGUGAAGUGCUAGCACCUUUCUGAAAUGCUAUCGAUUUGUAACACUCCAUCUGCAAUGUUGUUCCAGUUAACAGUGUUUUUUUAAACAAAAUAAAAAAUGGGCCUUGGUAUGACCAACUUAAAAAUGUGUAUUGGAAAAAUGAGAAUAUUAAAUGUUUUAUGUUCUUUAAAAGUAUUCUAAUAAAUAUUAACCCAUAUGCCUGGUAGCCCCACUUAGCGGCAAAUGUACAGGCAGAAGAGACUGGUGUGAUUACUUCAAAUCCAGGGUGGGGGCAGAAUCCAUUGAGUUUACUCCUGAACUUUGCUUUUGACCUCUAGCAUCUGUGGAUGUAUUGCUGUUUCUGGUGUUGAAAGGUUAAUCUCCUUUAUUUAUUAAUCAUUGUGCUCAAGAGGACAAAGUGCUCUUCAGUGUUUUACUUAGCAGGACUAACAGUGUGACAUUAGAGGGGUAGACCAUGCUGCUCAAAUAAGUUAAUGUGCAGGCAGGCAGACAGCCUGUGGACUUGGUACCUGUGGCCCUCUAGACUAACUUCCACGUGACCCACUCCCUUGUCGGCCUUGGACCCAUAAAUCUGUGAUGGAUCUAGCGUUCAUACAUUCAAUCUUCUAAAUUGGAGGAGAAUUUGGCUUCUUGUAUUAAUUGUGAGCCUCCAACAGCUGGAUUUUGAAAUGUGAAUGUCAUUUGCAAAGGCACCUGUUUUUUCCUCUCUAUCUCUUUUAGCAACUACUUCAAAUUGUGAAGCAAAAAACUAACCAGAAUGUAGUAGACACUACUCUUAAGUUUACACUGAGUGCACUUUGGAAUCUUACUGAUGAGUCCCCAACCACAUGUCGGCACUUUAUUGAAAACCAAGGGCUGGAACUCUUCAUGAAAGUCUUGGAGGUGAGAGCUGACAGUUCUGUCUGCCAGUAUGUGCCUGUCUAUUUCUGUAUCUGCAGAUUCCAGCAUCUGCACAGAGACCCUGUAGGUUGCAGUAUGUAGGUCUGGCUGGGCAGCAUCAGGUAGGGUCUCUCUGCUCAUGAUAGAUAGAAACCUAUAGCUGCCAUAAAAUAGUAUCUGCCAAACCCACUGCAAAUAAGAUUGGGCAGGCUACUGCUAGCCCUGGGAAACGGGAGGAAAGCAAUUGCAGGGGUUAUUGGGCUCAGAUGAGGUGCAUCCUCUGCUGAACAUCCUCUAUGCCCACCCAAUUCCCCUUCCCGAAACAAUUGUUUCAUAGGCUAAGGGGGAUUGGUGGGCCUGGCCAAAAGCAUUGUGGGAGGAAGGGGAAGAAGAGACAAAUUGGGGUUGUCUCACCUCUGUUCUUGCGGCUGUUCCUUAAGAGGAAAAUGCUUUCUGGAAGGCUUCUUCCUUCCUCUGCUCUGGGACCACUGGAGGAAAGCAAAGGAGGAGAGCCUUCAUGAAUGUGCCCAUUCCCAAGAAGCAGCCAUAGCAAAAGAGUGAUGCGCCCCCUUCCAUUCCUCUUAAGGCUCACUCCAGAUCCUGCUCUUUUCCCUUCCCACAGAAGCCCCCUUAACUAAAAGGCUUGCAAGUGCUCUUUGGUGUAUGCUUCUUUCUGUCCCAGCCCUUCUUAGUUUGGGGGCAGUGAAGCUGGGGUGUAGGGGCUGAACCUGCACUGUCAAGCCAAUAAUGAACUAUUUAAUGUGCAGAAACCCCACAAUUCCCUGAGACUUUUCGCAGGCACCUGCUUGUUCUAAAAUAAUUGGCUACAAAUCACUUACUGAAUGGUUGCAUAUACUUUGUUUUACUUUACAGUCUUUUCCAUCGGAGUCUUCUGUACAACAGAAAGUGCUUGGCCUUCUGGUAAGAUGAGUGGAAGAAUAUAUAUUUUACCAGGGCAUUGGAAAUGCCGGUUUUCUCUUCUCUCUGCCAACGUCUUCCCCUCACCAUCCUGACAUUUAACACUACACAGAAUAAAUUACUUUAUAUAUAAGAAGACACCCCCCCAAGUGGUAUUUAACAUGUAGACUGAACCAUUGGGAGCAGUCAUUAGGCAGUUUGGGGCCAGGUGUCAUCAUUAUUUCUGAUUUCACUUGGCUCUGUUUCUUCAUAACAUCUGAAUUAGGAGAGGCUACAUAGGCUUUGUGCCAGUGUCUAGAUGCGGGCAAGUAAAUUGAGUUUGAAUUCCAGCAAGAUAGAGGUGGGAGAGUGAUUUCUGUGUCCGAGUGCCAGUUGCACUUCAUGUGAAGGAGUAGGUGUGCAGUUUGGAGGUGAUCCUGGAUCCAGCUCUGCCACUGGAGGUCCAGGCGACCAUCUUCCAUCCGCUUUGACUGGUGCAACAGUGGCAGCCAUUCCUGUGGUCUGUGGAAUAACUUGAUCACAGUCAUCCAGGUAUUGGUAACUUCCCAAGAGUGGAUUACUGCAGUGCACUUGCGGGGCUUCCCUUGCAGUGGGCCCAGAAGCUGCCAUUAGUGCAGAAUGCUGCAUCGUGAUUGCUGAACAGGAGUGAGAUCUUGCAAGGAUAUUGCAUCUCUGCUCAAAGGUCCGCACUGACUGCCAAUUUACUGCUGAGCCAUGUUCGAGGUCUUACUAUUCGUAUAUAAAGCCCUUAACUACUUGGGACCAGUUCACUUGAGUGAGUGCCUUGCGCCCCACUCCCCCAAAUAUGUCUACUCAACCACUUUUGAUUUGCAAAACUUGCACUCUAGCAAGUACCAUACAACAUGUUCUACCUCUGUGGUGUAGUGGUUAAGAGCGGUAGACUCGUAAUCUGGUGAACCGGGUUUGCAUCUCCGCUCCUCCACAUGCUGCUGCUGGGUGACCUUGGGCUAGUCACACUUCUCUGAAGUCUCUCAGCCCCACUCACUUCACAGAGUGUUUGUUGAGGGGGAGGAAGGGAAAGGAGACUGUUAGCCGCUUUGAGACUCCUUCGGGUAGUGAUAAAGUGGGAUAUCAAAUCCAAACUCCUCUUCUCUGGAAUACAGCUUUCAGAGUGGCAGUGCCUGUGCUCUGCCUGUGUUCUACCUGUUAAUGUUAGGCAGACCCCUCCUUCUGCUAGUUUAGAUACCUGAUAAAAACUUUGGUUUCUGCAAGUCAGCCUGGACACAUGAACAAGUUAUGUAUAACCGUUUUAAAACUUUGCUCAUUUUACUUGUAUACUGAUAAAUGUUUCAAAUUGUUCUAUGUACAUCACUUUGGAGUUAUUUGAUUAAGCAGGUUUUCAAAUUCUUAUUUUCAAAAAUGACAACCUAGUUUCAUUUAGGGUUGUAUGCAAAUCCUCCCCCCCCCCCCCCGAAUUGUACAGUUAUGCUCACAGAUGGCUGGGAGUGAGGCAUUUCCCCAACAUUCAGUGUUUAUGAGCCAAGAUUGUUGCCACUGUGGGAGGCCCUUACCUUUAGCAGUUGUGAUGGGAACAGCUUUUCUGUUUUAUUUGUUAAAACUAUGUUGCUGAAGAUGUAGCCACUGUGUUCUUAAACCCCCCUCCCACCGGCAAUGGCCUCCAAGCAGUGCCAUUCAUGGACAGGCGGUGGCAAAGCAUGCAGGCCGCUCUGAGUUAUCCAUGCACUUGUCACUCUGAUAACUUAUCUGUAGUAAUGAUUGAAAAUGUACAAGUUGGAGCAGGCCGAUCCCAGCUUAGUCUAAUUUGACAUGAGACAGGUUUGACGUUCAUUAUGGCUUCAGCUUUUAUGAAGAGAACAAGCAUUUUAAUGACAGAUACCUUUGUAUACACACACACGCAACUGUUUUUCGUUCAUUUUGAAAUCCCUCCUUCUUGUUCCCCUGUAGAACAAUAUAGCAGAGGUUAAAGAGCUCCACUCGGAGCUUAUGUGGAAAGACUUCAUAGACCACAUCAGCAAGCUGCUGCGCAGUGUUGAGGUGGAGGUGAGCUACUUCGCAGCAGGGAUCAUUGCUCACUUGAUAUCACGAGGAGAACAAGCCUGGACAUUGAGCCGCAACCAGAGAACCUCGCUCCUAGAAGAGCUGGUACAGAUGCAAUUGAAAACACUGCCCAUUGUUAACUCCAGAGCAAUGUUGUUAACGCUAUGAGUAAUGGUGCUCCUUCCCUUGUCUUGCAGCAUUCUGCCAUUUUGAACUGGCCUACACCAGAAUGUGAAAUGGUGGCUUACAGGUAACUACAGACUUGACAUAAACCUUGAGGAAAUAUGAAGGUUAACUUGCUGCACAUUGUAUUGUUUCUACCUUAGUUCAAGUGUUCUGGCUUAUGACAAAGUCACAUUGCUAGUUAACCAUUAAAGCAGGGGUCAGCAAACUUUUUCAGCAGGGGACCGGUCCACUGUCCCUCAGACAUUGUGGGGGGCCGGACUAUAUUUUGGAAAAAAACAACGAACAAAUUCCUAUGCCCCACAAAUAACCCAGAGAUGCGUUUUAAAUAAAAGGGCACAUUCUACUCAUGGAAAAACACGCUGAUUCCCGGACCACCUGAGGGCUGGAUUUAGAAGGUGAUUGGGCCGGAUUUGGCCCCCGGGCCUUAGGUUGCCUACCUAUGCAUUAAAGCUUCAAGCCUAUAUACAUUUACCUGGGAAUAAGGCCCAAUGAACUCAGGAGGAGUUAUUUCUGAGUGGAUGUGUGCAGGAUUGCACCGUUCACUUGCAACGCCUCUGCAGUGCAAUCCUGUGCAUGCUUACUCAGAAGUAACUCCAGUUGUGUUCAGUGGUGGUUAUGCUCCAAUAUGCAAAGUAUCAUAGCCCUACUGAAUUUAGUACUAAUGCUGCUGAGACAGAUUACAGCAAUUAAUAUAAUUGCUGUACAUUCUAAUGCUAUGAACAGGCACAUAAAAUUACGCUGGCAUUUUCUACUUGGAGGCCCACUGCGGCUUUUAGCAGGGAGGGAUUGACUGGGCAGGUGUUGAAGAAAGUGGUACUGUAGUAUGUGACUCUUCUGAAGAAAACCUCCGUAGACCUUGAGGUGUUAGAUAACUGCCGCCCAGCCACAAAUAUUCAGAACACGAAGGACCAUUUAGCUAAUAAUUAGUUGCUGCUGUUGUAAUUCUGCCUGGCAACGUAUUAACUGGGGGAUGAACUACCACACAGAUCUGUGUAAAAUGUUUUUGCUUCUCUCCCCCCCCCCCCACAUCUGGAGCAAUAAGGGUGUGAAAAGAGCUGCUUAAGCUUUACCUUCAGACAGUUUUUCUGUUCAAAAUUGCAAUUUUUGGCUGAUUUCCUUACUGCAAAGAAGAUGCAGGCAACCCUUUCCUUGCACCAUCCCUCUGCUCGAGGUUGCAGCCUCCAGAGUGUGAUUUUUGUUUAAAAAAAUACAUGCAACGUAUUGCAUCUAGUUUGUGUCUAAAGAUUUCUACCUGGUUUCUCUCCCUUCCUUUGUUGGAAGUACAUAUCCCUGUAGAAAUGAUAUUGAAGGGGUGCAGUGAUGAGAUUUAGCUGCACAUCAGACGGUGCCAGGCUGUGCGUGGAUUCCUAUGCCCAUAGGUUAAGAUGUUGUCUCCUCGUGUACUCCAGUUUGGAACAAGAACUGUAGGUCAGAAGAAAAUGGAAGCAGUUCAGGCCUCUUUGAUUACCCUCUUUUUCACAAGCUAGGUAGAUAUUUUAGUACAAAAUAGGCUUAUGUUUUAAUCAUGUUGCAAACAUAGAGUGAUGGCAUCUCUGCUUUUUAUCCUCGUGAACAGGUCUUUCAAUCCCUUUUUCCCCUUGCUUGGCUGCUUCAUGACUCCUGGGGUACAGCUGUGGGCAGUGUGGGCCAUGCAGCACGUUUGCAGCAAAAACCGUAUGUACUGAGACAAAACUCUACAUCUUAAGCACCUCUUUCAACCUGUAGUUGGAGUGAUUUCCAGACUCUGUAUUUUUGCGAUCUUGAGCCAUGUCUCUGCUUUAACACUCAAUUUUCUUUAGAGAAAGCAAUCUGACAACAAUUCUAGAUAUUAUAUGUGAAACUUCAUAUCAGAUAAGCUCAUGGGUUUUAACACAGGUUAAAAAUGCAGAGUUGUUGUUGCUGUUGGUGUGUGUGUGUUCUAAAUAUAUAUGUUUCUAUGUGUCAGUGUGAAUCAGUGGAUGGAGUCUUGGACUUUAAUCAAGGCUGAAAUUCCUCAGGCUAUGAAGCACACUUGACAAAUCUCUCUCUCUCAAAUCUACCUCACAGAAUCAUUGUGAGGAUAAACUACUGGAAUAAAACCUGAAAACAAAUGUAAUAAUAAUAAUAAUAAUAAUUUUUUUAAAAAGUAAUUUAUUACAGUGGUACCUUGGGUUACAUACGCUUCAGGUUACAUACGCUUCAGGUUACAGACUCUGUUAACCCAGAAAUAGUGCUUCAGGUUAAGCACUUUGCUUCAGGAUGAGAACAGAAAUCGUGCUCCGGCGGCGCAGCAGCAGCAGGAGGCCCCAUUAGCUAAAGUGGUGCUUCAGGUUAAGAACAGUUUCAGGUUAAGUACGGACCUCCGAAACGAAUGUAGUACUUAACCUGAGGUACCACUGUAUUUAUACCCUGCCCAUCUGGCUGGGUUUCCCCAGCCACUCUAAUACAGCAUCAGACAUUAAAAACUUCCCUAAACAGGGCUGCCUUCAGUUGUCUUUUAAAAGUAAAAUAGUUGUUUAUUGCCUUGACAUCUGCUGGGAGGGCGUUCCACAGGGCAGGCGCCACUACCGAGAAGGCCCUCUGCCUGGUUCCCUGUAACCUCACUUCUUGCAGCGCAGGAACCAAUGAUAAAUGCAUUGAUAAAUUGGAUCACUUGGAAGUUAGCACUUGUUCAGAAACGAAAAAAAGAGCUAGCACUAACUGCUCACUUGGUCACCCCCCAGGAUAGGACACAAAUAUAUUCAACUUACCUCCUUAGAGAAAUACUACAGGGGUCCAUAAAAAAGAAAUAGAAAGCUAGUCCUUGAAUGGCAGUCAAGAAGCCAUUGCGGGUACAACAGGGGUGUGGUGCCAGCUUUAAAGAGUGGGGAGGCUUAGACUGGGAGAAAUGAGAAGGUUCUGUGAUGUAGGAAGAUGGGCUUGAAAGAGCAAGGAGCUCAAUCAGGUUGGGAGGAGUUUAGAAGUUUUGUUCAUCACCUCUCUAAAUCCACGGAGGUAGGAUUGCAGGCAUGUGGAAGAAUUAAGCUGUCCCUUGGCCUCUUUUGGAUUGGAUUCUUAGUUAUUGUUCUCUCUCUUCUACACCACCCUCCUGAGUCUGAGCAUGUGGAAGAGACAGUUUCCAUUCCUGAAGCAUGUAAUCGGCACCUGCGAAUAUCACCUGAGGACAUCCUUAAUGGUGGCUUUGCAACUGCUAUCCCUUCAAUAAGAAGAGCAUGGAGGAGGACUGGGGAACACUUGCUUUUACUAUAGUUUGCAAAAUAAUUUUGUAAAAUCCCUUUGCACUUAUAACCAGAACUUAAAUUGGAAGAGUUGUGUGAAAAGUGAUGGGAAGUAAGUAUCUAAAUUCUUGACCUAACUGAAUUUGUUUCCCUCUUCUUUGUUGUUGUUUUAGCUGCCAGGUACUGCAGUAUGCUGAUAGAAGAAGGCGGCUUGCACCACUUGUUUAACAUCAAGGAAAACAGCCAGACUGAUCCAGAUGUUCAGCGAAUCGCUAUCUCAAUCUUAGAUAGUUUAGAAAAACAUAUUUUGCGUCAUGGGCGGCCACCUCCAUGUUAAAAACAGACAGAAGCUAAGCCAAAUUGAAAGAAAAAUGUAACAGGGAAUAGGUGUGUAAAUUAUCCUCUAAUAAUCCCUUAUGAAGUAUCUCUAGUUGGAAUGGCUUCUGUUACAUUGAUCACCUUUGAAGCUUAUUUGCCAGCUGUUGUGGAAGCAGGUACAGCACAUGGCUGGCAAACAUGGUCUUUAAUGGUCUCUGCAAUUGAAAGUUUUCACAAGGAUCUAGGAUUAAUUCCUAAACUGGUUGUGUGUAUUGGAUCACCUCUGGCUGUGGAAAAGUGGAGACUGUACAAUUCAAAUGCACAUCCAAAAUGAAACUUCUAGGAAUUUGUGAGUUCCAAGUACAGAAAUUUUGUUUCUGCUUGCUUCAUCCCUUCAGAAUAGUUGUGUUUUAAAUAGAACUGUUCACCAACUCAGUAUUUGAAUAGAACUACUUGUGCUUGUAACUUCAGCACUACUGAGCUCAAAACAAUGUUAUGUAUCCACGCAUUAAAAACACAACUAGUUAUGAGUAAGGUGACCAAGGAUGUCUUGUUCCUCCAGGAACCUUUUCAAUCCAUACGGAGCCUUCAGAAUUUGUUGGUUUUACACACACUCUAGCAAGGGCACCUGAGUUAUGAAUUGACAGUUUAUCUUCCCCUAAUAUGCUGUAGUGAGAAUCUGCUUAUAGGAAGAAACUAGGUUCUAUUUCAGGGAGCCAAAGGCAUGGGUGGGAAAGGAGUGAAUUGCAUAUUUUUAAUGAAGAAAAAGAAAAAAAACACAACAGUGCUCUUACACUUACUGAAACAUUAAGUGUAUGCCUAACAAAAAGGGUAGGAAAACUAUGGAGCUCUCCACCAAAAGGAUGGCUAAGGUGGAAAGAACUUCCUCAGCUUAUGGGAUCACACAAGACCAAGAAUAUCUGAUCACCUUAUUUAUGACAGACUAUUACUUGCUUUGCUGUUUCUCGUAAAUACUCUUUUGUCAGUAUUUGUGCAGUGAACUGUAUGUGCAAGGCACCCCCCUCCUACAAAAUCUCAUCCAACAUCCUAUGUAAAGUCUGGUGUAAAUUACAUUGUUGUGUGGAGUAUUCAGGUUUUACAUAAAACUUUCCAUGGUUAAAAAACUUACUCUGAUGUGUGUAAUCUGUGAAUGUUUUAUGGGACAAAAUGGAAAUUGUAACAGCAUGCAGAAGCAUGGUAUAAAGUAGAGCUGGUGGAAAGCAAACUAUGCCAUGAGUUAAGCUUCUUCUUUUCUAAUACGUUGCUUUGUAACUUGCUUCACAAAUGAGGAAAAAACCAACACCAGUCUUCCCUGCUCAUGCAAGCUCUGAUUUAGCAUGGUACCAUAUAUUGGAGGGAUAGCCUUGUUAUGGGUGGUGAAAGUGGAAUAACUGUUUAUUGUGUGCAGCGUAUGUGCAUGUGUUUAAACAGGACUUUAAAAGAAGGAAGCUUUUUUAUUAACUUUUCACACUAAGAGUGCACUUUAAUCAAAAAAGCUAAAGAUUCCUAAAAUAAUAGGCAUGGCAUAUAGGGAAAGAGAGCCUUAUUUUGUUGUUUGAUGAGCUCUGUAGUACUGUGCUAGCUGUCAUGGGAAAUGGAGAAACAGUGAAUAAAUAUUAUUUCAGCCAGAGACUGAAAUAAUAAUAAUAAUAAUAAUAAUAAUAAUAAUAAUUACAAAUAACUGUUGCCACCAGCAACAAACUAACAGAAACAAGUUUGUUACAGAACCCUGAUGCAAUGCAGUUUUAUUAAUACAAAUAUGUGCAAUUUUAGCAGCCGUGGUUUUAACCUAAACAACCUUAUGAAUAAUUGUUAGAACUGGACCACAUAUCUACAAGCUUAUGAGGCCAGUGAAAAUUUAUGUGCAAGAUUAUUUCUGUAUACAUGAGGGGGGAGAGAGAAAGAAAUGCAGUAGGUCUUCCAUCUGUCCAGUCAUCAAAAUAGAAAAAUCAGUUUCACAUGUUGUGUCCAUACUUUUCUAAAACAGGAGUAAUUUUGGGUUGCUUUUUCUAGGUCUAAAAUCUUUCCUAAGGUGGCCAGAACUGUAUACAGUGGUGCCUCGCAAGACGAAAUUAAUUCGUUCCGCGAGUUUUUUCGUCUUGCGAGUUUUUUCGUCUUGCGAAGCACGGUUUCAUUUUUUCCAAAAAAAUCUUCAAAAACCUCAAAAAAGGCUACCACACCACGUGCUAUGAGUUGCUCCCCGAAGUCAAGUCGCAACUGCACCUCUUCAAGCAAUGCACCCUGUAUUACUGUAACGGUUUUAAGAAGAAGGAAACAAACUUGCAAGACGUUUCCGUCUUGCGAAGCAAGCCCAUAGGGAAAUUCGUCUCGCGAAGCAACUCAAAAAACGAAAAACUCUUUCGUCUUGCGAGUUUUUCGUCUUGCGAGGUACGACUGUAUAGUAUUCCAAACAUAUUUUACACUUGCUUAUGUUGAAUUGCAUUUGGGAUUCUUCUGCCCAUUCACUCCAUUUGGAGAGAUUAUUUUGAAGUUCUUCACAAUCCCUUUUUAUUUUAGCCACCUUGAAUAAUUUUGUAUCAUUAGCAAACUUUGCUAACUCACUGCUCACCAUGAAUUCUACAUUAUUUAUGAAAAAGUUAAAAAGCAUGAGUCCCAGUGACAAUCCUUGAGGGACUCCACUUUCUAUAUCCCUCCAUUUGGGAGAACUGUUCGUUUUUUCCUACUCUGUUUCUUAACUGGUUUCUGACCCACAGGAAGACCUCUUUUUAUUGCAAGAUCCCCCCUCAUGUAUACAGAAAUAAUAUUGCGUGACUGCUAAACUUACUUAGUGAGGUACUUUAUCGUAAGCUUUUUAAAAGCUGAAAUACACAAUCUCCUUUUCAACACUUCCCUCAUUCUUAAAGACACUCUUUUAGCUAAUAACUGUACCUUUGCAGUUGCAUCACUACCUGCCCCAUACCUGAUGUCAAAUGGCUUGAGGAAACCAGCUUCAUGGAUCACAUUAGGACUUCUCAUGGACUUAAUUAGGCCCGUGGACUGGAGGGUCCUUACCACUUCUCUAAAUUUAAAGCUCUGGUUAACUUACCUCAGCUGCUAAGGGAGCUGCUUAGAAUGGGAGUUUUGAAUAAACAUAGAUUAAGCUCUCCUAGACUGAGCACCUGAAGUGCUUGUUAUUUAACAUCCAAGUUCUGAUCGUGGUUGGACUAUAGGCCAGCCAAGCAGCAAUCCUAUUGGCAUCCAAACUUUGGAGCAGUUAUUUUUAUUUUGUUGCAAGUAUAGGGUUGCUUCAUUCUGGUGAUCUGUGGCAAAACAGUUUGUGUGACUAGUAUUUCUAUAUAUAAAAUUACCUUGUGGGUAGGGGCUCUUAAACAAGGCAUUGAUAUGAAUCACCUUGCAUACGACAUUUGUGUCCUUGUCCAGCCCAGAUUAGUUUAUAAAUGAAAGAGCUGCUGUUGUUAUUAUCGGGGCUAUUUUUUCCUAGAAAAAGAGAUGCUGGAACUUGCCAGGAACGCCUCCCUUGUUCUCCUAGAAUGGCAACGGUGCCCACCUGAGAAGUGAGUUCUGGCUGGGGAAAAAAGCCUAUUAUUAUUAUUAUUAACCCACCUUUUUCUUUCUAAGGACUCAAGGUGGCUCGCAGAUAGAAACAAGGCCAACUUAAAGCUUAGAAAAAUAUAUUUUCAAAAAUGAAAAAAUGAAAGCAACCUUAUAGGAGCCCUCAGGGCUCAAGCAUAUUCUGGUUUAAUAAGAAAAAUUUAAAAAUUGUCCUGUAGCCCCUUAGAGACCAAUUUUAUUGGAUAAUUUUUAAAUUUUUCUUAUUUAUUUCGACUGUGUCAGGCCAACACAGCUACCUACCUGUGUUGGGUUGAAAUCACGACAGACGAAUGGUGGGUGUCAAAGGAGAGGCAUCUGCUCGGGGCAAGUCCCGGGAACUCUCUUUUAUUGAAUAUUACAAACAUUGCCACAGGUGUGCUUGUGGCUGAUUGGCUGAUACAAACACAAAGCAUCUUGUUGCUGAUUGGUUAACAUAGGUACAAGGCGGGCAUUACAUAUUACAUUAAUCAGUGAUAGUUCAAAAGACUGGGAGCGGAGCUGGAACUAGACAGGCAUGAAUCCUCCUAAUUAAAUUAUAACUAAGAUUAAUAUAACAUGACUAAAACAAUUACUAAUGAUUGAUCAUAAGUGAAAGGUCCGUAUAUGUGGUCAGCUAUGCAUUGAGAACAGAGCAUGUUGUUUUUGUACAUGAACUCAGAAUGAACUGAAGAAUUGAGGGAAUGUCUGGGUGUGCUGAGCUCAGUGUGUUUGGAACAGUAUGUGCAGAGCAGAAGGAGACUUCCCAGAAUCCAAGAGGAAAGAAGCAAGAGUUUUCAUAGUAAGCAUAGAAAGAUUUCAUAGUAAGACUUCCCAUAAUGCCACAGUUAUGUGCAGUAAGAGAACUGCAGAAAGAGAACUUCACAGUGAGAGAACUGCAGAAAGAAAACUUCCCUUCAUCUCCCCCUUUCUUUUCUUGUUUGCGAGGCAUUCCAGGUGGAUAAGGCAAAAAUACUUCGGGAUUAGUGGUGUGCCAGCGAAUGCCCGAAAUAAGCCUGCCAGGGUCGAUGGGACAAAAGUACUUCAGGAUAUGUGGUUUGCCAGCGCAUGCCCAAAAUAAAUCCGCCCACAUCUCCCCUAAGGUUUACUGUUGGUGUUGCCAUUUCGCAAUGUAAGCAGCAAGGAGUUUGCUGGGUGGUGGAGGGGGGGAGAGAAGCCGGGAGAAAAGACUCAUGAGGCUAGGAACGCAUUGGAGGAAACAGCAUAGUAAAAUAAGAAUACAAAUUAAAUAAGAAUACAAAUUAUGAAAAUAGCAUAUUGAAAAAGAUUACGAAGCCAAUUCAAGUUUGGCAACCAAGCGGUAAGCCACUGGGUGAAAGAAUCCCAGAGGCCAGGAAAACCAAUGUCCUGUUUAAUGUGAUGUGUAAGAUUUUGCAGGAAAACCAAUGUCCUGUUUAAUGUGAUGUGUAAGAUUUUGCAAAUGAGAGAUUUGGCUUUGAAUGGCUCUUGAAUUGUCAGUAAUAUUGAAGCAACACAUGUCAUUCACUUGUUCACAGUCAUAAUGAUGAAGCAUCAGCAAAUAAUGAUAGCAGCACGAUUUCGUAAAAGUCCAUUAUAUAAAAGUCCAUUAUAAAAGUCCACUCUGUUCUUUAUUCAAAAGGUGAAGGGCUUGAGAAGUAAAUUUCAGGGGUUUUGCUGCAUAACAAGCUAAAGAAAUAAUGUUCAUUCGAUUCCGUACAGCCAAUCCAGGGACUCCUAAGAGAGAAACAACUAAAGAGAUAUAUUCAGACCUACUGAGAAGAGAGACAAAAGCAUCACAAUCAUUAGUCAAUUAAAUAUUGCAGCGAUAAAAUGAUGGACAAACGGCUUAAACAGCAAGGUGUUCCAUGGCUGAUGUUUGCAGGAAUGUAAUUAAAUGUAUAGCCAGGACACGACCAGAAAAUUUCCAGUUGAGGGGAAGUGCAAGCUUACUCAUUAAAUUGAAUGGUAGCUUGUAAUUGUUGUAGUAAGUCUCUUCCCCACAGAUUGAGGUGGAUUUUCAGCACACAGGGCUGGAUGUAAGCAAUGGUUUCAGAGCUGUCAGGCAGAGAAACAGGCAGCCACUGUACGCUUUUGGAAGAGGUUUGGGGGCCACCCACACCCCAGACUGCAGAAGCAGACUCAAGGGGCCACGUGGGGUCCCAGCAACUACUAGAAAUUACAGAAACGUCUGCGCCUGUGUCAAUCAAGCCUUCCAGCACAAUACCAUUGAUUUUAUACUUACGAAGAAGCUUCUUCUCACCAAUCCUCUGGACUACAGCUAACAGCUGUGGAGGGAAAGAAGAGAGCUCAGUGCAAAUUAGUAUCCAUAAUAGAAGCAGUAGGAUGAGAAGGGAGCACCACCAAAUGCGCCCAAGACUCACCCUUUUUAAUUGCAUGGGCAUAUGGCUCCAGAGUUGAACCAUUAUUGUGCCUACAUAGUCAGGAUCCAGAACUCCAGGAAUAACCUGGAUUCCUUCCUUUGCCGCAGAAAAUUUGGGUAAAAUUAAACCUGCGACUUUAGGAGGCAGGGGACCUGCCAAUUGAGUGGGCAUAAGCACAAUUUCACCAGGUAAAACAGAGUCUUUGGUCUCUUGAUUGAUCAAAUCAAUGGCAAAUUCAGAAGGUUUAGCCUUAGAGGCAGCACCAUCCUUGUUUGCCCCCCCGCCAGGGGCUCUGCAGUGCUUGGCAAAAUGGCCUGGGCGCUUGCAAUUAAAGCAGUUACCAGUAGGCCUAGUGGUUGCUUGGAUUGCGCCGGCAAGCAAAGACAUCGCAUGGCUCUGGCUACCGACAUCCACACAAGCUUGAAUCAUAUCGGCCAGUUCAUAUUUAGGGCGAUGUAUGAUUGACUGCAAAGCUUUCUUGCAAUCAGUGUUUGCAUUUUCAAAGGCCAAUUUUUUCAUCAAUUCAUUUUGAGCAGUGGUGUUAUCAAUCUGCCUAGUGACUGAUUCUUUCAAUCUAUCUAUAAACUGAUGGUAUGGCUCCGAAUGCUGUUGCUUAAUAUUUACAAAGGAGCUCGGCGGUUGCCCAGAAACAGGGACUUUACGAAAGGCGCGUUGGACACAGGUCGCGGUGCGAACAAAAUGUACAGGUGUCAGUGUUGCUUGGGCAGUUAUAUCAGCAAACUGACCAGCACCAUAAAGUUCAUUGGCAGUAUGUUGAGGAUCAGACAGGGCUGAAGCGCUAUGUUGAAAUUCACUCUCAAACACCACAUACUGAGCAGGGGACAAAAGCAUGCGCAUCAGGUCUUUCCAGUCCUGAGGUAGCAUAAUGUAGCCAGUUGCUAUGCCUUCUAGCAUCCCUGUCACAUAAGAGGAUUUCAGACCAGAAUCAGCAAUGGCUUUCCUUAAUUCCCUCAUUACAGAAUAAGGAAGCGAUUCAUAAUAAAUCUGCUGUUGAGCAGUUCCAGGGUUUGAAUAAGAGAUAGGGAAAGCAGACGGCAUUUCACCUGGCCACUCAGACUCCUCCUCUAAGGACAGGAGCCCUUUUGCCUUGCCAGAGAGAGCGCAGCACGCACAGCUCCUAUAGAGCAAACAGGGGCUGUGGCAGGAGGAGGAGGGAUGGGGGAGGAAUCAGGCUGAGGCGGAGGGAUGGGGGGAGGAUGCAGGCUGAGGAGGGUGAGAAGCAGGGAGGGAUUGGCUGGGAGAAGGAGGUAAAAGUUUCGGGUAGGGUGGGGAUUGUCUGCAAUGGCCAGAAGAGGAGACGCCUGGGGUCCCAAUUGGGGCCCUAAUUUAGCAACGGCAUCAGCACAUUUCUGCCAAGUGAGCAGACAAUGAAUCGGAGCCCUAGGUUCUGCAAAAAGGGUCUUUCCGAUCUUUGCCAAGUCUCUACGUCCAAAGAUCCAGCCUCUGGAUAAAAAAUGCAUUGGCAAUUUAUCUCACAUAGCAAUUGUUCAAUUUCUUUUAAGGAAAUAUUAACACCCACCUCCCGCUGUCUAACUAAAUAAAGCAACUCUUUAGCAUGCUCUUUCUGGAGCUUAGUCAAGUCCCCUCCCAUACUCACGAAGUAGCGCGCUGAGACUUUUCCAGUCGGGUGAAGUAUGAGGUUUGGCUGCGUAAGGGAUCUGGCACGUCGGGGGUCACCAGAUGUUGGGUUGAAAUCACGACAGACGAAUGGUGGGUGUCAAAGGAGAGGCGUCUGCUCGGGGCAAGUCCCGGGAACUCUCUUUUAUUGAAUAUUACAAACAUUGCCACAGGUGUGCUUGUGGCUGAUUGGCUGAUACAAACACAAAGCAUCUUGUUGCUGAUUGGUUAACAUAGGUACAAGGCGGGCAUUACAUAUUACAUUAAUCAGUGAUAGUUCAAAAGACUGGGAGCGGAGCUGGAACUAGACAGGCAUGAAUCCUCCUAAUUAAAUUAUAACUAAGAUUAAUAUAACAUGACUAAAACAAUUGGAUUCUUAGUUAUUGUUCUCUCUCUUCUAUACCACCCUCCUGAGUCUGAGCAUGUGGAAGAGACAGUUUCCAUUCCUGAAGCAUGUAAUCGGCACCUGCGAAUGUCACCUGAGGACAUCCUUAAUGGUGGCUUUGCAACUGCUAUCCCUUCAAUAAGAGCAUGGAGGAGGACUGGGGAACACUUGCUUUUACUAUAGUUUGCAAAAUAAUUUUGUAAAAUCCCUUUGCACUUAUAACCAGAACUUAAAUUGGAAGAGUUGUGUGAAAAGUGAUGGGAAGUAAGUAUCUAAAUUCUUGACCUAACUGAAUUUGUUUCCCUCUUCUUUGUUGUUGUUUUAGCUGCCAGGUACUGCAGUAUGCUGAUAGAAGAAGGCGGCUUGCACCACUUGUUUAACAUCAAGGAAAACAGCCAGACUGAUCCAGAUGUUCAGCGAAUCGCUAUCUCAAUCUUAGAUAGUUUAGAAAAACAUAUUUUGCGUCAUGGGCGGCCACCUCCAUGUUAA